AUGUCGGACCACGAGGACAGAGCAUCAGAGGUCGGCUACGGCACUCCCAUGCCGGAACUCGACGACCACCGCCACCCAGCUCAGAGCACACCAGCAGUCAUUAUUCGCUCUCCCGAGCACUCACGGCCUCGCCGUGGCACUGUUGAUACACUUUAUGGAUCUCGCCAACAUCUGGAGCGUGAGAACACUCAUUCGCCCGAGGUCAAGGUCCGGGACUUUGAGGAGGCAAUCGCCGAUGGGGAUGAUGAUACCCAUCUCUCUCCUGUCGCACACGUGCGCCGGCCCACCUUUGCAUCGGAGCAGCGGGAUGCGUCCCCUCCAAACUCUGUCAAGGCGUUUGCUGAAGCCAGACGCCGCGAGCGGGCCUUCUCCGUGGUAGACAACGACGACUCUUCUGACGAUGAGCGCGGGCUUCAACGCACGCACUCGGUCGUUAGUCGCAAUAGCCGCCGCACUGGUCGGAGCCGACCUGCGACCUUCCAGACCAACGAUGCCGCAAGCAUGUCCUCUGGCAAGACUGCUGAGGAAGACGUGUGCUUCCCCAUGCAGGACGAGCGAAACCAGGACAGGCUCUACAUUGACUUUGACUACCUUGAGACAUUUAUCGCUGGCGAAGCUGCUGCCCGCCGUGAGAGCCUCGAGGCCCGCCGAGCAGACAAGGAGGAGCGGACCUUCUCAACGGUUCGGCCCAACUCCACUGUGCCUGCGGCGCCAAUGUUCACUUCUGAUGGCGACUUUGUCAAUGGGGCCCAGUCCACCUCAGAUGUCGAGGAGAAGGCCGCGAAGCAGGACCCCGAGGUUGCUAGCGCCAUCUUCAGAGAGCAGGACCCCAAUCGCUUCAGCUUCUUCUCGUCGGCCUGGGAAUCCACCAUCCACGCUUCGGAGUUUGGAGACCUGAUCCUGCCAGGCGAAGAUAUCCGCGGUCUUUUCAGCUUUCCCCGGAACGAGCCGGACGGAGUCUGGUGGCUGAACGUAAACAGCCCCACCGAGGAAGAGAUUCGUACCAUCUGCAGGGCGUUCGGUGUGCACCCCCUGACGAUCGAGGAUAUCACCAACGAGGAGCCGCGGGAGAAGAUCGAGCUCUUCCCGUCUUACUACUUCGCGUCCUUCCGGUCAUUCAGCAUGGUCCAGGAUCCUGAUGGAACGCUUGAUUAUGACCCUUUUAACAUUUACGUUGUGGUGUUCCGCGAGGGUACUCUGAGCUUCAGCUUCCACCCCAACUCUCAUGCCUCGCAGGUGCGCAAGCGCAUCACGAUGCUGAAAGACUAUGUCUCGCUGAGCAGCGACUGGAUCUCCUAUGCCCUGAUUGAUAACAUCGUUGACUCCUUCGCCAAGCCCAUUGAAAAGAUCGAGCUCGAGACCGAGGGCAUUGAGGACUCUGUCUUUGUUGCCCGUCCUGAAGAUAUGCUCCAGUUCCUCCGCCGGAUUGGUGCUGUCCGAAAGAACGUCCUCGGUCUCAUGCGUGUGCUUGGUGGCAAGGCCGAUGUUCUGAGGGGCUUCACCAAGCGUUGCAAUGAAAACUACAAGGUCACGCCUCGUAUGGACAUUGGCAUGUAUCUUGGCGAUAUCCAGGAUCACGUCGUGACCAUGAUGACCAACUUGGUUCAUUUUGAGAAGAUUCUCUCGCGCGCACAUGCCAAUUACCUCGCCCAAUUGACGAUCGAUAGCAUCUCGGCAGGGACGAAGACCAACGCCGUGCUCAGCAAGAUUACGUUCAUCGCGUCCAUCAUCGUUCCGCUCAACGUGGUCACUGGCCUGUUCGGCAUGAACGUCAACGUGCCCUUUGCCGAUGUCGAAGGCGUAGUUCCCUUCUUGGUCAUUCUGGGCAGCCUCGUCACCUUUUGUAUCGUCUGUCUAAUUUUCGCCCGGAGGAUGAGAUACAUUUAG